AUGCCUCCUCACCAAAACAAGACCAACUUCCGCACUUACGAGUCUAGCGUGCGUCUACUCGCAGCCGUGCUCGCUUCUGCAAAGCCCAAGCUUAACUAUGCUGAGCUCGCAGAAUACAUGGGCGGAGGUACGACCGCGUCGGCCGUAGAUCAUCGCCUGCGUCCCGUCAAGCAACUAGCCAAGAUGCAAAUCGCCUGUAGGAAGGCCAAAGAGGACCCGGGAAAGUUGCCCGUCGAGACCCAAGAGAUUCAGAAGCUGUUCGGCGAGUCGACCGUCGGAGGAGUCGAGUGGCAGUUCCGUGAGAUCAAGGCAGUGGGCCGAGCACAGCAGCAGGCUCUCGAGGAAGGCAAGAACCCAGCCGAGGUCAAGAUCGGUCCUGGCAAGCCCAAGUUAAGCACGACGCCCCCUUCUACGGCGAAGAAGGCUGGCGCCGGUGGCACUCCCGGCUCGAAGCGCAAGCGUGGAGGCAAGAAGGUCAACAUGUCCGACGAGGACACUGGCGGCGGCGACGACUCUGACUACGACGUCAAGGACGUCAAAUCAGAGGAGGAAGAGUCCAAGACUCCGGCCCCCAAGCGACGCAACACCGCGACCAAGGCUAGCGCUACCAAGGCCAAAGCUACCCCAGCCUCCAAGAAGAACGGCAAUGACAAGGACACCACGACGGCCAACGGCGGUGUUGCUCGCAACCUCUUCCCUGCCAGUGGUGGCAGACAGUCCACCAAUGGCGACUCCCUCUUCGGCAAAGGCAUUCAACGCGUCCCGACCAAGACCAACGUCCAGGUCAUCGUUGACUCCGACUCGGGUGAGGACGACGAGACAGCGACUGGCCGUCAGAAUCCCCAGCGCUCCUGCCGCGUUAAGGAAGAGGCCAAGGAGCCUGGUGAGGAGGAGCACGUCGAUACACCUGCAUUCAACAGCUACGAGAGUUCCACCCAGGACGUACCCGAUGAUCUCUCAGACGGCGAGAUCUGA